AUGUCUGAAAUAGAGCAGCUAACUAAAUAAAAAGAAGAAAUUGAAGCCAGUUAGGCAACUCUUAAAAUUUGGUGUUCUUUGAAAAAGAAUCUAACUUAAAAAUUUAAGAAUCCUUCUGAAGCUUUUAAAGCAUUAAAAAAAGAAGGAAAAGAAACAUUAUCAGUAGAAGAUUUUGCAGAAUUUUCAAAAGGAUUAGAUUUAACAACUGUAUUUAAAGAUACAACUCUUAACGAGGAAAACUUCAUCAAAUGUUGGGAACAAUGGGAAUAUUAAGCAAAAUAAAAUGAACAUAGAUUAUAAAUGAUUGAGGAGAAAUUGGAAUUAUUAAAUAUUUUGGAACAAAAAGACAAAGAUGGUAUUAAAUAAUUAGAAGCUUAGAAGAAUAAAAAAAUAUUAAAUAUUAUCCAAAAUUGUGAUAAUUUAGAUUAAUUACAAGAAAAGUUGGAUACUUUAGUUUAAGGAGGUUAAUAAUAACAAAAAGAAAAAACUGAUAUAAUCUAAAAUGAAUCUGAGUGUUUCAAUAAAAUUUUAUAAAAGAAAUCUGAAAUCAAGCCAUCUGAGUUAUCAAUUAGCAAAUUACAAUAAAAAUAAAAUCCUGAAGCAUCUGAGGAUAGUUAAAUCUAAAACAAGAAAAAGAAAGUCAGCUACUUAGAUGGAUCCACUAAUGCAUUAUAAAAAAGCAAAAUCAAUUUGAAUAUUUCCAGUUCCCAAUUACAAACAAGUCGACUAUCGGCAGCCAAUUAAAACAAAUAAUCCUUUAUAUAUGAAUCCUAAGUCUAGAUAUCUCCUACGAAAGGAUAACAGUUUCUCAAGAAUCCACCAAUUACUUAAUAACAACAAUUGAAGAGUCCAAAUGAAGAGAGGGAAAGCGAAAGAAGGUCUCAUAAAUCAAAUAGAAUGAGAGGAGAUCUAUAAUCAUAUAUUUCAGAGCUAUUUCACAAUGAGAGAGAAUAAUCAUUAAGAUAAGAACCAAGAUUUACUAGAGAAAUCGAUAGACCAUCAUAUUCUAGUGAUUAAAAAGGCCUUUCUGGAUUCCCAAAUUUUAGAAAAUAUUUCAAAAAUCAGUAAUAACAAAGAGAACCUUAGUAAUUAGAACCUGAAUCUACUAAUAUAUCCAAAAGACUCUAAAACAUUAGAUAUAAAUUAGAUGAUUUUUAGAACCAGAAACUUACUCAAUAUAGAACUAAACCUUAAACACUUUAGGAUUGGAGUCCAGAGAAACCCAUUAGACUUUCUUAACAAAAACCUAAAUAAGGAAGCAGGAGAUCUAGUCCUUAAUACACUCCUGGAAAUACACAUAGACUAAAUCUUGAUAAGCUAAGACAAGAAAAGCAAUAGAAUUAAGGUUCUGGAUAAUAAGAGCAAAAUGGAGCUGAAUCAGGCUUUCUGAACAUGGAAUAAUUGAAUCAAACCUUGAAAUGAGAACCAUAGGCUAAUGCUUGAUAUAUUAUGAAUAGACGAUACAAGAUA